GCCGAUGCGGAUCCCGUGUCUUGCGUAAGAGCCAUUCCCAAACUUUAACAAGACUAUAAAACGCUCUCAGAUGAGACAGAAAUGGAGAAAGCUCUUUUCCCAGUGACCGCCCUAGUCCUAACGAUGACCCUCAGUAGCGACACGUUUACCUACUUCUCUUCGACGCUCUGCUUCGUGGCCUUGCUCUAUGCAUGCAAGAAUCGGGCUCUACGAGGUCCGCUACCGCUGCCUCCUGGUCCGCGCGGGUUGCCUUUGAUUGGCAAUGUCUUUGAUGUAAACUUCACCGAACCUUGGCUAACCUACGAAGAAUGGGGGAAGCAGUAUGGUGACAUCUUGCACGCUAAGCUCCUUGGUAAGGACUUGAUCGUUGUUAACAGUGAGAGAGUCGCCCGUGCACUUCUGGAACAGCGGUCCACUAUAUAUUCGGAUCGACCACACAUACCUACGAACAAGCUUUUUGGCAUGGACUUCAACACCGGUCUUCUACCGUACGGUAGCGAAUGGAGGUUGCACCGCAGGAUGUUUCGUGUUGCUCUGAACAAAGAAGUUGCGGCGACAUACAAACUACUGGAAGUGCGGAAGGUCCACCAAUUGCUUCGGAACCUUCUCUCGUCUCCAGAAGAAUAUUACCAGCAUUUCAACACGUUAUCAGCAGCAAUUAUCAUGGCUGUCGCAUACGGCUAUGACGUUACUCCACAGAAUGACCCCUUCGUUUCCAAGCUUGUACGACUGUUGUCGCUGUUUCUAGACUCAUUGUCACCGGAGCGUGCCGCUUUAAUCGGGGUGAUUCCACUUUUGGCGUACAUCCCUUCGUGGUUUCCGGGAGGACGGUACAAACAACGGGCCAAGGAAUGUCGUAUCCUUGCGAGGGACAUCUUGGACGGACCAGUUGAUUAUGUGAAAGGGUGCAUAGAUGCUGGCACGGCCACGAAGUCCAUGGUGUAUGAUCUAAUCCGGGGAUCAUACGGGAGUAGUCAAAGUCACGAUGAUGCUGUAAAAGCUGUGGCAGCGACAGUUUUUUUGGGUGGUGUGGAAACCACUCAUGCCACUCUCCUUGUUUUCGUCCUCGCCAUGGUGCUACACCCUGAGGUACAGACUAAAGCUCAGGAAGAGAUCGACCGUGUCGUGGGUUCCGAUCGCCUUCCGGACUUUAAUGACAGACCGAACCUCCCUUACGUCGAAGGGGUGUUUUUGGAGACUUUCAGGUGGCACCCGGUAUCCCCUAUGGGUCUUCCACACAUGACGACGACAAGCGAUAUUUUUGAGGGGAUGUACAUACCCAAAGGCGCAAUCAUCCUUACCAACUUAUGGGCUAUGGCUCAUGACGAAAGUCGCUUUCCGGAUCCUCUGAUCUUUAAUCCUGCGCGGCACCUGACACCAUCAGGGGACCUGGCAGAGGGUACUGCAACUGAUCCGUUCGGUUUCGGACGUCGCUACUGCCCUGGGAAGUACGUCGCUGAUCAAACCGUCUGGGCUACCAUCGUAUCAGUACUGGCCACCAUGCGGAUUGAAAAGGCCAGGGACCAUUGCGGCAACGAGAUCAAUGUGAUUCCAGAGUUCACAGGUGGAUUAUCGAAUCGUCCGAAGCCGUUUUGCUGCUCUAUCAAGGCGCGGUCACUAACUGCGGAGGAAUUGAUCCGCACAAGUCACGACGGAGACUAGGUCGACGAAUAAACCGCGACUUUCAUUGCGCGGUGUGCAUAGAUUGUACAAUUUGCACGUGGUAUCCACGGGGAUGCAGACGCUGCCAGGCGGGCUGGCGAACUCGGAGUCGUGAUCCGAGACGAGAAGCCACCGCGCAGUCAACUACCAGUGGUGUGGCAUCUCCUAAUUUCAUAAUUGGGUGACCGUUUCCAAGAGACACUACACUCUUGUGUCUAGCAAUUCAGAUAGGGUACUUGUCUACUGCAACCCACCUCAGUCAUUCGUUUUGCACUCAUGUCUAUCAACGCUCACUAAUUCGGAUUUUCUAUGGACGUGUGUUAGAUAGGGGGAAUGUCACAUGUACACUAGCUG